CGGAGAACAGAUGCUGCCAGUCAGCGCGUGGUGGUCCGUAGUGUGCGCAAUCGCGAUUCCUAAGCGGUUCAAGAGCGACGAGUUCGUGGCGCGAGUCCGAGGCGACCGACGGGCGCGUCGAGGCGGCAGGCGACCUGGCAAGCCGCUCGCCAUGGACCACUAGAUCUACGCUGUCCAAAGCCUGAACUGCUGCCCAUUCGUACAUAUCGUAGGCAACUAAAGCUGUAAGAUGACCGUCUUGAACGAGUGGGUGGCUGGCUCACGUGUUGGAAGCUGGGUGCAGCGAUGCCGGGAGUCUCGCCGCCUCGUUCUAGCCAUCGUCGCCAUCGCCCUGCUGCUCGAUAAUAUGCUUCUCACCACGGUCGUUCCAAUAAUACCGGAGUUUCUGUACAACAUCAACCAUCCAGAUGCUCCGUUGGACGGUCCAGUAAGGACAACAACAACAACCACACCAGCACCAAGUUUGUGCGAAGAAUAUGCCAGAAUUCAUGGUAUUGAUUAUCUUCGCGAUGUUUCUACAGAGGCCGACAACCUAGAUAAUAUGACUACAAUAGAUCCAGAGAAACAGCUAAAGGAAGAAAGACAUCGAGAUUUAGUACAAGAGACCAAUCAAGUGGGUAUAAUGUUUGCCUCGAAGGCUUUCGUGCAGUUGGUGGCCAACCCAUUCGUUGGACCUUUAACUCACAAAAUAGGCUACAGUGUACCCAUGUUUGCUGGUUUCAUCAUCAUGUUUCUCUCUACGAUAAUUUUCGCAUUUGGCCGAAGCUACAGUGUUCUCUUCAUAGCGAGGGCUUUACAAGGUAUAGGGUCCUCCUGCUCAAGCGUCUCAGGAAUGGGUAUGUUGGCUGAAAGGUACCCAGAGGACAAAGAACGAGGAAACGCAAUGGGCAUAGCACUUGGAGGAUUAGCUCUGGGAGUUCUGAUUGGACCACCAUUCGGUGGUAUAAUGUACGAGUUCGUUGGAAAAUCAGCACCAUUCUUGAUUUUAUCUGCACUGGCACUUGCUGAUGGAGUUCUACAAUUGUUGAUGCUACAACCAGCAGUAGUGAGGCAAGAAUCAGAUCCACCGUCCCUAAAAGCGCUUGUAACAGAUCCCUACAUAAUUAUAGCAGCUGGUGCCAUAACUUUUGCCAAUCUCGGCAUUGCAAUGAUGGAGCCGUCUCUUCCGAUUUGGAUGAUGGACACGAUGGAAGCAGAUAGGUGGCAGCAAGGAGUCACAUUUUUGCCUGCCAGUAUAUCGUAUUUGAUUGGAACGAAUUUGUUUGGUCCCUUGGGACACAGAAUGGGCAGAUGGUUGGCUGCUUUCGUCGGUUUGGUAGUGAUUGGAAUAUGUCUUAUGUUGGUUCCAAUGGCCACUCAUGUAAAUCAUCUCAUAGUUCCAAAUGCUGGUUUAGGAUUUGCUAUUGGUAUGGUAGAUAGUUCAAUGAUGCCAGAACUUGGAUAUUUGGUAGACAUCAGGCAUUCAGCUGUUUAUGGCAGUGUGUAUGCCAUAGGUGAUGUGGCGUUUUGUUUAGGAUUCGCAAUAGGGCCUGCUAUGAGUGGAACACUCGUCAAGAAUAUCGGCUUCGAAUGGAUGCUAUUCGGAAUUGCGAUAUUGGAUUUCAUGUAUGCUCCGCUACUGUUCAGUUUGAAGAGUCCUCCGACCAAGGAGGAGAAAAAGUCUCUUAUUCUGGGAGAAAAAUCAUCUGUUCGGUACGUCACAUAUCAGAACGAGGAAGAUGAUGAGGAGUGAAAAAGCGGUGAAUUUUUAAAUCUGUGAAUUUAUGAGUUCACUCCAGAAGAACCAAAACAAAGACUAUAUUUUUUGUUGAAUUUGUAAAAAUUGAAAAUGAUUAUCCUACAAGACUAUGUAAUAUAUUAUUAUCGUACCUAUAAGUAGUUAUAAGCAUCUAUAUAUUAUAAUCGUAAAUGACGCUGUCAAGACCAUAACUAAGAUGACAUUUCAGAUGGAAGAGUUACAUCGAUCAAAAUUCAAAAUUUUUCCCUCGAAGGGUCCACGCUAGGGAUUUUGUGAAUGGCUGCACUGAAUCCUUUCCAGAUCGUAGGAAGCGAGGCAAUCAGAUACCCUUAAAUUUCGGCUCAAGAAGAGUUCUUAUAAAUAUUUAUGAAAUUUCAAACUUUUCCAUCAAAGCCUGGUCAAUGAUUGCAAGAUUUGAAUAAUACCAUUUAUGCGAAAAUUUUUAUUUUUAUUUGUAGCUGAUUUGCGAAAGGUAGAAGUGUAAUCUAGCAAAUAAAAUGGCUGAAAUAUUAGAAUAAGAGAAUUGCUGAGCCAAUCAAAAAGUUUCUUCUUGGGCAAGCCUGGUGAGCAGAGGGAUCUACGAAUCCCAAAAACUAAUAAUGGGACCUUAAAUGUUGCUUAUAACAUAAUAUUGUAGCAUAAUACAACUCAUUACAAUUCAUUUGAUAUAGAAAACUAUAGAUGGAUCACACAAAACGGAAGGAUGCAUGUUAUUGGAAUUUGUCGUAUUCGUAUUUAUCAACAUAUAUAUAUCCAACUUCAAGCGAGCGACAGACUCCUUAGAAGGUUAUUGUGAAGAGACAAUAAUCAUCUCUUGUUCCCACAUCUGAAAGCCCACACCUGAAAUUUUAUUCAAAGCUGGUAAGGGUCCGAACAACAAAAGUACUCAAGUUUCUAAAUGUACGAUGGCAUUAAUGUUCUGCCUAGUGCAGUAGCCAUUUGUGGUACAUUUUUAGGUAUUAGAGUACAUGUUGCGAUAUGUUAGUAUAUAAUAACCACUUUGAUGGAUAUAUGUUUGAUGUUUAUAUAUUAUCUAAUCUUAAGAUUUGUGGUGCAAUAAAUGGAUCAUACUCUGGA